AUGACCUCACUAGGACUAGAAAACGUCCACGUCCUUAUCACAGGUGCAGCUAGCGGAAUCGGUAAAGCCACUGUCCAAUUACUCCUCCAAUCACAAGCAAUUGUUUCUGCUUCUGACCGUUCUCUACAACUACUACAAUUAGGCCUUGCUAAUCACAUCACUAACCCCAGACUACACUUGGUCCCAGCUGAUAUGCGCAGUGAAUUGGCCGUACAACAACUCUUUGAAAAUGCAACAAAUCAUCCCUUCCUAAAAAACUUAUCUGGGAUUAAAGCUCCUCCCACAGUUCUUGUGGCCAAUGCUGGAAUUUGCCAUGAAGGAGCACCAGUGCUACUUGCAGACAUGAGUCUUGACCAAUGGCGCGGCACCUAUGCAAACAAUGUUGACGGUACAUUUCUUGUCAUUCGCCAGUUUAUUCGCUCUUUGCUAGCAUAUCCUUCCACUCAAAGUUUGACCAAUAUUGCCAUUGUCAUUACUGGUUCCGAGACUGCUGUUUUCGGUCAAGCCGGCCAUUCAGAUUAUGCGUCUGGUAAAGCCGCGUUACAAUAUGGUCUUGUGCGCUCCCUCAAAAACGAACUCCCAGCAAGUGUCCAUCCGCGUGCUAGAGUCAAUGCAGUGGCCCCAGGUUGGACCCGUACACCAAUGGUUGGAGAUUAUUUGGAUGACCCGCAAAAUAAGUACCGUCAUGCUCAAGCUACCGUGGCAUUACGCAAAGUGGCCGAGCCAGAGGAUGUUGCUCGAGCCAUUGUGUGGUUAGCUUCGGAGAAAUGGGCUGGCCAUGUGACUGGGCAGUGCAUUUCAGUUGAUGGUGGAAUGGAGGGUCGGUUACUUUACAGUGCAGCCGAGUGUGCUCGAUUAUAA